CAUCUCUUGUCUUGACUAAGCAGUUUAUCACUCGAGCGCUUGAUGGCGCUGUUUUACUAGUCGAAUUAUACUUACUCUCCCUCUCCGACAGACUCUUUUUCGUCCGCUAAGCCGAGUCUACCGCGUCACGUGAAAACUAAAUUGACUCAAAAUGCCACAAGUUACGGAAUUAGAAAAAGGAGCACCAACCAUCCAAGAUGGUUCGGACAACACGGAUUCCGACUCCGACGAUUCGGUUCCUGAGCUGGAAGAUGCCGCAACUGGCGUACAAAGCCAAGUUGCUGCUGCAGCUGGACUCCCUGAGGAGCUAGUUAGCAAAGCUAAGCAAAGCAGGGGUGAAAAGAAGGCAAGGAAAAUCAUGUCCAAGCUUGGACUCAAGCAGGUUACAGGUGUUAGUCGCGUUACCAUUCGAAAAUCCCGUAAUAUUCUGUUUGUUAUUAACAAACCUGAUGUCUACAAGAACCCUGCAUCUGACACAUACAUUGUGUUCGGAGAAGCCAAGAUUGAAGAUUUGAACCAGCAAGCCCAUAUGGCUGCUGUCGAGAAAUUCAAGGCACCUGAGUUGAACCCUGCUGAAGCUGGAGCUCAUGGCACAACAGUUCCUGCUCCCAUACAAGAGGAAUCUGAAGAAGAGGUGGACGAUGCUGAUGUCGAAGAAAAGGACAUUGAUCUUGUCAUGACUCAAGCAAAUGUGACAAGAGCAAAGGCUAUAAAAGCUCUCAAGAACAAUAAGAAUGACAUUGUUAAUGCCAUCAUGGAACUUACAAUGUGAACUUCCUAAUGCACUCAUUAUAAUUCUAAACAAAACAAUUUUGUAGAAGUUUGUAUGGAAUUAAAAAAACGUUCUGGUAAUGUGGAA